UAUUGCCUCAAGUUCAUAAUGUUUGGUCUCCAUUGACUCACAGGCUGAUUGAUACACACGUACUAGUACGAAUGAAGGCCAUUGAUGUUCUUCUUGUCAUGGCUUCAACGGCUAAAGAGUUUCUACGAAAACGAGUCGUGGAACACGUCUGGCCCAAACUAGUCGUAUCGCUCAAGCAGCUAAGGGGCGUGGCUUAUGAUACCACGCCCACAAUAAGCCACACAAUGGAGUACAAGCUAUUAGUAAAGAUAUUAGAAUCAGUCGGGAAGCUAUGCAAAGAGUUAAAUGUUUCUGUUGAUCAAAUUGAAGACAUUGCUCAAGAAGUUAUAUUAUUCUUAUCUUCGGAGAACUCAGAUCCGAUACAGAAACUGGGUUUGGAGACUUGUCAUACUUUAUCGGAUUUUGCUCCAGACCUGAUGUGGCUCCUGUGCAUCCAGCUGUCCCCCUCUCUCCUUCCUCCUGUUCCUUCUCUUUCUUCUGUACCUUCAAAUCAUCGACUUUCUCUCAAGGAGAUAAAAUUGCCGCGAUCAAAAGUGUCUCAUUUAUACAUGGAUAAUAUUUUGAAAUUGGGUAUUAUAUAAAGAAAAUUAAAAAAAAAGAGUUUAGGCUCAUUAAGUUAUUCAUAGUCAAUUAACUUAAUUAA